AUGGAGGCUGGGAUGCUGAGUGCCAUCCUGGGCGUCGUCAUGGUGCAGGGGGGCACAGCCAUACAGGACCUGGAUCUGCAGAAGAUUGUAGGAUUCUGGCGGGAAGUUGGUGUGGCCUCCAGCCAAAACCUGGCACUGAAGACCCCAAAGAGGCUGGAAGCCUUGUUCCUGACCUUGAGUGGACAUGAGCUGAUUGUGAAGGCUGCAUAUAACAGCUCAGGAAGUUGUGAGACAGAAAAAAUAGUGAGCUCAGAAAUAGAUGUUUCGGGGACAUUCAUUUUUCCUGGCCACAGGGAGAUCCACGUGAUAGACACGGACUAUGAACAGUUUGCCAUUUUGAGGCUGUCCCUCCACUGGCAAGGCAAGGACUACCAUGUGCUCAAGUAUUUCACUCGGAGCCUGGAGGACGAGUAUGGGCCAGGCUUCUGGAGAUUCCGGGAGAUGACAGCAGACAUGGGGCUUUACCUGGUGGCCCGGCAUGGGAGAUGCGCCAAGCUCCUGAAGGAGGUGAGCUUUGCCCUGGGCUGCGCUGAGUCCCCUAAGCUGAGUCUUCCGACCUGACAGGGACCCUGAAUCACUCUGCAUCCUGGGCCUCCAGGGUGUGGACACCAGGCUGCCAGAGGGGGACCCCGGAGGCUGGGGCCUCGAAGACAGGGCUGGGGGAGGGACGGGAGGAGGCUGGGCCCUCGUCCUGCCUUUCUGGCCAGCAGGGUGGGGACACAAGCCCUGUGGGCACCGUCUCGGGUUCCCCGUGUCCCACACGGUGCUAGCCCAUCCCCUGCAUGAUCCCCUCUGUCUCAGCACAGCCCCGAGAGCUGGGGACUGUGACCCUGCCUUGCAGGUAGAGAAACUGAGGCCCAGGGAGGCUUUUUGCUCACAGUCAUGCAGCUAGGACACGGGCCCCCACCCGUGGCCUUAACCACUGCCCCCAGGGGCCUUUGGAGGUCAGGCAGUGCCCUGAGGCCCUGCCCUUCUGUGUCUCAGGAGCUGAUCUAGAGGAUGCCUGUGCCCAGGCCGGGAUGCUCCGAGCCUCCGCCCCCACCCCCGGCCUCUCCUGGCCCCAGGGCGCUGCUGGUACCUUCUCCGAAUAAACCCCACUGACAAACCCACU